AUGCGUUCGAUUAUUGUAUUUUUGGCUGUUUCAACAGCAUUUGCUUCGGCUGUUAUUAAUGAUCCAGAUGUUCCUGUUGUAAUUCAUCUCGCUCCACAACAACAUCGACCAAGAUUCUUGGGAAAUGUAAGUUUUUUGUCAAAAAACCUCUGAUCAUCCCUGUUUUCCAGGUUGUUCCACCACGCGCCGUUGAGUCUCGCGCUCAAGCCGCCCCAAGUGUCUCCCAACAAGCCGCCAUCGCUGUUCCACAAGCUCAACAACCAAUUGCUCUUCCACCAGCUCCACCAGCAGCUCAACAACCAGUUCUUCCAGUCGCCGCUUCAGGAGAUCAAACCUUUGUUGCUCGCACUGGAGCAUCUGUCCCACCCCCACCACCAGUCACCAUUCCACCAGAUGUUCAAAAUCAACUCAUCAAAUUCUUCGGACUUGAUUCAUUCGGAAUUCCAGGACUCACUGGAAACCAUCCAAAUGGAUUUGCCGGAGCUGUUCAAGAAUUGAGAUCUGCCGGAAUUCCAGUUCAAGGACUCCCAGCUGAACAUGUCAACCCAGAUGCGGUUGCUGCCAAACCAGCCGACGAUGUUCUUGCUCAAGCUAAUCCAAACUUCCAAGAUCAAUUGACCCAACUUCAACAAGCCGCUUCAAACCCAGGACCAUACAAGGGAGGAGCCAGUCUUCCACUUCCAGCUGAAACUCCAGGAGAGAAUGGAUUGAUCGGACUUCUUUCAAACUCAAUUAGAAAGGUUAUCAAGGACAGUGAGUUAUUUUAUUCUUUAGCUUUUUUUGAAAACUUUUUGAUCUAAUAUGCUUAUUAUUUCAGCCGGAGUCGGAGACGCUCUCUCAAACUCUCUUCCAAACUUGUUGGGAUCUGGAGCUGAAGCCGCUGCACCAUCUGCUGCCGCUGGAUCAUCAAACAUCCGCCGUGCCCCAACCGCUCAAUCAAACGAUGAUGAAGCCACCCAAGUCGCCACCGCUGCCUCCUCUUCAUCUUCAAACAUCCGUCGUCAACCAUCAGCUGCUCAAAGAGCUCUCUCUGGAUUCGCCGCCGCUCUCGGAGGAGGUGGUAGCAACUCACCAACUCACGCCGGACUCCCAAGAAUCCCAGGAAUCCCACUUCUCCCAGGAGGUAUCCCAAGAAAUUCGCAAGGACAAAUUGAUAUUGUUAACUUGAUUGGAUCUGUCACCAGAAGAGUUUCAAAUGGAACCACUUUGGCUGAUGUUUUGCCACCAGAGCAAUUGCAAACUUUGGCUGAUAAUGUUACUGAUGCUUUGUUGCCAGAAACACCAAACGUUGAUCUCUCCAAAUUCAUGGGAAGAUGGUUCGAAGGAAUCAACUCACCAAGAGCCACUGAACAAAGAUGUGUUGUCCAUCAUUGUAAGUUCCAUAAAAGUGAAAGAGUUCUGAACCUAAAAUAAUUUUUUUUCCAGACGGAGGAUUGACCCGCAACGACAAGACCGCCACUUUCACCUCCCUCAAGAUCUACAGAGAAGGAUCAGAAUUCGGACCAGUCAAAUACUCAAUCGGAUACGCUUUCCGUGGAGGAAACAAAGAUGCUAUGCUCCAACUUCACUCUUCCGAAACCUCAGAUGCUCAACCAUUCUGGAUCUACAAACUCGGACCAGAGGGCAAAGAUCCAUUCGGAAAUCCACAAUAUGAAUACGCUAUCAUCUCAAACUGGGUCAAAUACCCGGUAACAGUUCUUGUUCGCGACCCAGAUACUUUCAAGGCCAAAUAUCAAAAGGAGGUUUGUGAAAAAAAAACAUGAAUUUGAUAUUUUAUCAAUGAAAAAUAUUAUUUCAGGUUCUCCGCUGGUUAGAAGAUCAAGGAUUCAUCAACGGAUUCAUCCGCGCUUUCAAUUUGUUGCAACCAGCUGGAUACAGCAGUUGUCAAUAUGCUGACAGUACUUUCGAAGUCUUUGGAAAGUAA